AUCCCCACAUCCCAACCCAACACAGACGCGACGAUGGCACCAGCGUAUGAUCCCGCGUUUGUUGGGCAUGUAGAGGCCGAGGACAAGGCCGCGUUCCAGAACCGGCUCGUGGAGAAGCUGAGUGAGGUCUUGGAGCAGGAAGUCGAGGGCGUCAUGGCGGAAUACAUUGUCGUGAUGGUCGGCAAUCAAAAGACGAUGAAGGAGAUCCACGACGAGAUGGUGGACUUUAUGGGCGCCGAAUCCGCAGAGUCCGCCGUCGCAUGCAUCUAUAACCUCUUGCGUGGGCCGCCUGCUACCGCCAUCGACGCAUCCCCUUCCCCUCCUCCCCCAUCGGCAUCUCCAUCCCCGGAGCCUUCAUCCGACAGCCCUACUACCACUACCGCACCACCUUCGACAAAGAUCAUCAAUCUCUCGGGCAUCAAAGCAUCCUCGACCGUCGACCUUUCUGGCAAAAGCAGCAGCACCAUCCGUGUCAUCGGCAGCAGUGCAACGUCAAAGGACUUGAAACACGCGCUCAAGUCGCGGUCGGAGCGAUUCGGCAUCCCUGAAAAGAAGAUCGUGGACGACAAGCCGUCGUCAUCGUCAUCGUCCAGUCGGCCCACCAAGCUCUCGAUCACGGAACGUCUUGGUGGCCGCGACACCAAGAAGGAUGCGCCUCCAUCGUCGUCGUCGUCCAGGACCGAUCGAUCUCGCCAGGACAGCCAACGGCCGUCCCGCAGCGAACCCCGCGAUUCGAACAAGAAGCGCAAGGGACCCAACGACCCAGACGACAAGGCAUCCUCCUCUCGCGAUCAGGACGACCAGCGGGCGUCGAAGCGGCCGGCGCGGGAUGGCGACCGCUACCCGCCCGGCCCUCGAGGCCCAUACCCGUUCCCUCCCAUGUUCCAAGGGUACCCCCCGUAUCACAUGCCUCCACCGGAGUUCAUGUAUGGGUACCCGCCGCACCACCCCCACCAUCCGCACCCACACAUGCCUGGCUUUGGAUACCCUGGCAUGCCCCGGGGUCCGUACCCGCCGCCAGGAGCACCGCGCCGCUUCAACAACAAAUGGAUCAACCCCGCGGCGGCAGCAGCAGCAGAAGGCGCCACGGACGUCGCGGCCGACAAGACGGAUGAACCCGCCGGCGAACCCGACGCACCAAAGCCGCAACCGGUCGGAUUUGGGUACCCUCCCGCCCGUCCGCGGUUCCAAAACAAGACGUGGGUCCGCCCCGAACCUCAAGACCCCCCGACCCCCCAAGCCGACGAAGCGCUGUCGGCCAGUUUGCCCAAGACGCCGUAGAACCAUCAGGAGUCGACCCCUCGUCCAUCAACACUUCUAUAACCCCCCCACAAUAUUCCACUCAUGUAUCUUUGACCUACUGAAUGAAUAUAUUAUUUAACCUAUGCAAUAAACGUUGGUUGUGUUGGGUGGUGACCAGAGA